UACUGGCACAACUGAUGAAGAGAGGUUUGCAUUUUCAUUUGAAUAUAAGCGGACAGCCAGACAUGAUUCUUUCUACCUAUCACACCAUCCAGUCUGUUUUCUGCUGCUGCUGCUGCUGCUGCACAGUGCAGAAAAGAGCAAUGAGAACAAAAAUGAACCUGGACUCUGAUACUGGCCUGGUGACCCAGUACUCAGCCUCACAACCAGAUGUUUCCUAUGGAUCCACGUGGAAGUGUAGGCGUAAGAGGCAAGCGCAGUUAAAGAACAAGCCAUUACCUCCUCUACCUGCCGAGGCCUUGGAAGACUACACAAAAAAACCCAGAGUUAUUGCACUGUAUGACUUUUUUGCUAGAGGACCCUCAGAUUUACCGCUCAAGAAGUCAGAAGAAUACAUUAUCCUCGAACAGUAUGAUCCCCACUGGUGGAAGGCAAGAGACCAACAUGGGAAUGAAGGUCUAAUUCCCAGCAACUAUGUUACUGAGAACAAGAAAAGUAAUUUAGAAACAUAUGAGUGGUACUGCAAAAACAUAAACAGAAGCCAGGCAGAACUUCUUUUGCGCCAGAAGUCCAAAGAAGGUGCAUUUGUUGUCAGAGAUUCAAGCCACCAAGGAUUCCUUACGCUGUCCAUGUAUUCACGAGCUAAAGGAAGUCACAGUGGAGAUAUUCGACAUUAUCAAAUUAAGAAAAACCACUUGGGACAAUAUUAUGUAGCAGAAAAAUACUUCUUUUCUUCUGUUCCUGAACUCAUCGAGUAUCAUCAACACAAUGCUGCAGGUCUUAUCACUCGUCUCCGACAUCCAGUUGGAUCAACUGGAUGUUCUUCACCAGCAACAGCCGGAUUUAGUUAUGAGGAGUGGGAAUUAAACCCAUCUGAACUGACGUUCAUGAAGGAAGUUGGGCGCGGGCAGUUUGGAGUUGUUCAGCUGGGUAAAUGGAAAGCAACCAUCAAGGUUGCCAUCAAAACAAUCAAUGAAGGUGCAAUGUCUGAAGAUGAUUUCAUUGAGGAGGCCAAACUGAUGAUGAAACUCUCCCACCCAAAGCUGGUCCAGCUUUACGGAGUGUGCACGCGCCACAAGCCUCUCUACGUUGUGACUGAGUUCAUGGAAAAUGGGUGCCUGCUCAAUUACCUUCGGCAAAGGCGAGGGAAACUCAGCAGAGACAUGUUGCUGUGCAUAUGCCAAGAUGUGUGUGAAGGGAUGGAAUACCUGGAAAGAAAUAGCUUUAUUCACCGUGAUUUAGCUGCAAGAAACUGUUUAGUCAACGCUGAGCACAUCGUUAAAGUAUCUGACUUUGGCAUGGCGAGGUAUGUCAUUGACGACGAAUAUAUCAGCUCUUCAGGUGCCAAGUUUCCAGUCAAAUGGUCAUCUCCUGAAGUCUUCCAUUUCAAAAAAUAUAGCAGCAAAUCAGAUGUCUGGUCAUUUGGUGUGCUGAUGUGGGAAGUUUUCACAGAAGGCAAAAUGCCUUUUGAAAGUAAGUCAAAUUCUGAAGUUGUCCGUGAGAUUUCCCAGGGUAACCGACUUUAUCGACCACAUUUGGCAUCACAUACUGUGUACAAAGUCAUGUACAGAUGCUGGCACGAGAAACCUGAAGGACGUCCUACUUUUGCAGAGUUAAUAGAGAUCCUCACAGCUAUAACAGAGAUGGGAUAAUUGGAGAUUUUACAUGAAUGUAUUUACUAAACAGCAUUAAGCAUGUCAAUAAUAUAUAUGAUACAGAAAACCUCAGCCUUUUACAGGAGCUUCCACUUAAACUGCAGUACCAGCAUCCUACAUAUUGAAGCAGCUGUUGAGGCUUGGCCUAAUUUUUGCUCAUUUGAGAAAGAUACCUCAGGAGACUGGUUCAGGACUCUCAAGGCUUUGUUUUCAUCAUUAGGGAGAAAAAUCUGUCUGGAAAGAAGUAACCAAGCUUACUCACCUUAUAGGCCUUUUUAUUUAUUCUUUUUCUCAAAGCUACACUAAUUCCUGUAACAAUAUUAUUAAGUUAUUUGGUACUUAAUAUGACUCACGAGCUGGGGAAUACUGAUUGGCAGCAGCAAGAAUGAUGGAAGACCCCCUGAUAAAGCUCUAGCUAGGUCAUGGUUAAAGGAAAGCCCUUUUUGCUGCAAAGCCUUCAGCACCAAAGAAAGGGAGCGGUGUUUCAGAAGGGGCAGCAAGCUAAAUACCAACCGCCGGAGCAGCGCCCACGCUUGUGCCUGUACCCACUGCUGUGGCUCAAGGCAAGCAAAGGGGGCAAAGGGAGCACUCGUCGCUCAGCAGCUCCCAAGUCACAUCUGAGCAGCUGGAAAGCCUGAGCAUCCCUGGACCAUUUUAAACGUGCAUCGCAGGUCAAGGGGCCUUCUCUAUCAAUUCUGCAUAAAAGAAGGACAGUAAGGAUUAUCUUAACCAAACCUCCCCCUGAAUUUUCCAGCAUCGUCUCCCACUCCUCGCCUGCUGCUGCCUACUCAAACGCCCAUGCUUGCCUUAGUCCUUCCCUUGCAAGUGCCCAGAAAGGUUAAUGGACGAGUUAAAGCUGGAUCCUGACAGUAAAACAAAGUGCUUUGACUUAGUCUAGCUCAGAUGGAUCCUGCGAUAUCUGACAUGGACAAUGUC